UACUGUGCAAGUCUCUCAAAGUCGUUGUGAACUAACCCACGGUCAUCGACUUGCCUGUGGUUGAUCCUUGGUCUACUAAGCCGGACACGGACCAUGUCUACUACGCUUACGUAACGAAGAUUUUUCUGCCAGAGCAAGCUCAUGGCAAGAUCAACCUCAAGGCCAGGGACGAAGCUCACCACUUUCGACAGACAUUGAUCGCGAAAUCCCCGUCGACUCAAUUCGCGCCCCUCCACCCGAAAAUGCAUCAAUCGGCGCUGCGAUCGGCGAGAAGCCGCCUCAAACCCGACGUGGUCGCAAUCAAGACCUGUAUCCGAACCUUUUCCACGACGCAAUUGCGUCCCGCGGACGAAUCUUCUUCAUCAAACUCGAACAGAAACGACAAUGGCGACAAAUCUUCCUCCCGAGCCUACAACAGGCCUCAAUUGACCGGACGAGAGCGCUCCCGCGCCGCGGCUAGCGAGAUUGGACAGCUUCUGCGUGGUGGACCUGUGAAUAAUGCUGCUGGUGCUGGUGCUGGUGCUUCUCAGCCCAGGGGUCUCGAUGAGAAGCCUAGGGGCCUUGCUGAGAGGCCUCGGCUUGGUGGCCUUGAUGGACCUUCUGGAUCUGGCGGUGCGGUCAAGUUCGUCAAGGCGCCUGUCGGAUUCGGACGUGGUCGCGGUGGUCCUGGCGCGGGCUUCGGUGCUCGUGGAGGACGUGGAGAUUUCGCUGGCCGUGGAGGGUUCGCCGGCCGUGGAGGAGGCGAGGGAGGUGGUGGUUUCAGAGGACGCGGAGGUGGCGGCGGCUUCAGGGGUCGUGGUGCCGGUCGCGGCGGAGCCGGCCGCGGUGGUCGUGGAGGCCGUGGAGGUCGCGGCGGAGGCCGGGGCGGACGCAAGGGCGUAGAAGACGGCGAGAACCGCCCGAAGCCUACUGGGCAGGGCCCUGAGGGCUGGAAGGGCAAAAUCGAAAAGUUCUGGCGGCCCGAGACGGCCGAGGAGCGCGCGUACAUUUCGAAGCGCAACGGCGCGCCCGAGCAGUACACCCCGAGCCUCAGCGUCGGCGACCUGCUGGGCUUCAGGCCCGCCAUGCCUCUCUCGUCGGCGGCGCAGCCCGUCGUGCAGGCGGCGACGGUGUUGAGCUCGCUGCGGGAGGUCGCCGGCGCGGCGGAUUACACGCCCGAGCGGUGGAGCGACGUGCGGCACACGGCCGAGGCGCUGGCUAACACGCGGGACCGGGGCGUGUACUUCUUCGCCGACGGCGCGGAGAAGAAGGCGUUUGUCGAGGCGCGCGAGGAGAGGACGGGCGAGAAAGCGGCGGCGGAGGAGAAGCCCGAUGCUAUUGCGGGCGUCGUCGACGACGAUGUCCACGUUCACGCCGUGCGGGAGGUGAAGCUCGAGGAGGGCGCGAGCAAGGCCGUGAGGGACUAUAUCCUCGAGCGGGCCGUCAAGGGCCAGCACGUUGGUCCCAAGUUCGUGCCUGGCGGCAGCCGGGAUCCGGUUAACAUGGCUAAAGAGUCGCAUCUGCACAACGAGACGUAUGUGGCGGGGGAUAUGAAGAAGUUUGACGACAAGAUUGCAGCUCUUGUUGCUAAGAAGGGUGCUGCUGGUGCCGCCAAGGGAGGCAAAGCUGCGAGGGCUUAAAAGAGCAGCUUGCGUCUUCCAAGAGAUUGUAAUAUCAGCAAGGACGGUAGAAAGUACGGGAAGAAGAGUGAAGACGAAAAUUCAGACGGGGGUUCAUUGUAGGAUUAUAAACAUGGGAGGUUUGGUACAGCCAAAAAAAAUACAUAUUGUACAACU